AAAAGAGAUAAAUGACAAAGAAAUAGCUCGUUUUGCAGUGAGAACUAUCUGGAAAUGGACUAUAUCUAUGCUCCUCCUCCUCCUCCUCCCUCAGAGGGUAAAAGAAACAAAAAUGGUGGUCAAGGCCAGAUGAGCCACUCGACUAGCUCCAGUACAGGCACUAACAGAUACCCAAACCAAAACUAUAAAAAGCCCAAUAAUUACAACAAACGAAGAAACAACAAUAAUUACAACAACAAUAACAUUAGCAAUAAAAAAAGAUUUAAGCUGUCAAAAGAUAGGAAUGAUAACAGAUACAAAAGCACUAGUAAUAAUAUUAAUAAUGGUAACAAUCACAUUUCAAACGAUGGAAAUAUAAACAAUCAAGUAAAUUUAUCCAAUUUACCCACUCACCUACCGAAUCUGAUAUCCAGCUUGAUAUCUAUUCAAAGUCAGAUAAAUAAUAAUAAUAAUAAUAAUAAUAACGAUAAUAAUGAUAACAAUCAGCAUAGUGAAAGUGAGAAUGAAAUCGAUGAGGAAGCAUUAUACCUUAAGAAUAAAGGAUUAACCGUUAAUUUAGAUUCUGAAAAACCAAUAAUAGCAAUUCCAGGCACGAAUAUCGUUCUACAAUCUGAUGAUGAUAUUCAAUUAUGGAUUGAAGAAAGGAAGAAAAAUUGGCCAACAAAUCAAAGAAUAAAAGAAAAAAAAUUAAUUGCAAAUGAAAACAAAAACACAAUUCAAACUGGUACCGCUGAUAGCGAUAAUAAUAAUAAUAGAAGUAAAUUUAAUAAACCUAAUAAUAAAUUACUAAAUAAGGAUAAAUUCUGUCAUAAUUUAAUUAAAUUUUCAUUUUGUAAAUGUCAAACAACAUGUCAAUAUAAUCAUGAUUUAAAAUUAUUAAAAGAUUUCAAACAAAAUCAAUUAUUGGAAAAGAAAUUGAAUUUAGUUCCACAAAAAAUAUUGCCCAUGAUCAAUAACUCUAAAAAUAUUAAAACUAUUGAACAAUUUAAAGUGUAUAUUCCUGAGCGAUUUGAUCCAACAAAGUCUUCGCUUUUGUUUGAGAAAAACAAUUUAAUUAAUAAUUAUAAUCAAAGAUUCAAUAAUAGAAAUAGGAAUAACAAUAAAAAUAAAAAUAAAAGUAAUACCAAGUUUGAUAAGCUUGAUAAAAUAUCUUUAUCCGAAAAAAACAAGGAUUUUAAUCAGAUGUUAAUUCAAAGGAAUAAUGAAAAUGAUAAUAAUAUAAUAUUGGAUUUUAUAAAUGAAAUUUUUAAAACUGGUAUAAUUUGCAAUGAUUUAAAUGAUAUAAAAAAAAAACUAUAA